GAUUAGUGGUCUACGUGGAACAAGACAAGCCUAGUAGCAAACUACACUUUUCAACUCCCAGAGUCUUGUACAAGUGAGAAAAAUAUUGCUGAAUGCUUACUUUUCAUAUUCAAAUUCGUAUCUCUACUUCAAUUCUCAUCAUGUUUAUUGUCAAGACAUUGAGAGCUACUGCAUUUGGGCUUUAUGGAUAUAUGAAUUUCACAAAGUCUGCUUUUCUGGAACAUGCAAAGAAUUUCAAGCCAGAAGAUAUGCAAGUUCAAAUGGAAGGAAAGAAUUGCAUUGUCACAGGUGCAAAUUCCGGCAUAGGUUUUGCAACUGCUGAGGGUCUUGCUUCACGUGGGGCGACCGUUUACAUGGUAUGCCGUAAUAAGGAGAGGGGAGAGGCUGCUCUUACCGAAAUUCACUCAAUCACAGGAAAUAAGAAUGUCUACUUAGAGGUGUGCGAUAUUUCGUCAGUCAAUGAUGUCAAAUCCUUCACUUCCCGGUUUUGUUCAAAAGAUGUGCCUGUCCAUGUCCUGAUUAACAAUGCUGGCCUGCUUGAAGCUAAUCGUGUCAUCACACCAGAAGGAUAUGAGAUGAGUUUUGCUACAAAUGUUCUUGGAACUUACACCUUGACAGAGUUGAUGUUACCACUCCUCGAGAAGGCUGCACCUGAUGCUCGUGUUAUCACGGUUUCCUCUGGUGGAAUGUACACAUCUCCAUUGACUACUGAUUUACAGUUUAGCGAUGACAAGUUUGAUGGGGUGGUACAGUAUGCUCGGAACAAGAGAGUUCAGGUUGCAUUGACAGAAAAAUGGGCUGAAACACACAAAGAUAAAGGUGUUGGUUUCUACACCAUGCAUCCAGGGUGGGCCGAGACGCCUGGAGUGGCUAAGAGUUUGCCGGAUUUUUCUAAAUCGUUUGAAGGAAAACUUAGAAGUAGUGAGGAAGGUGCAGAUACAGUUAUCUGGUUGGCUUUACAACCAAAAGACAAGUUGGUUUCUGGACAAUUUUAUUUUGACAGAGCUGAAGCACCAAAACAUCUGCCAUUGACAGGCACUAAGAAUUCUCAUUCUGCUAUAGACUUCAUAAUUGAGAAACUUAGGUCUUUUGCUGGCUUAUGAGGAUACAUAUAUACUCCCCUAAAGAAUCCUUAAUGAGCGAGUUUAUAAAAUAGGAUUAUGAUCUCUUAAAGCAUAAAACUAGUUAUCUUUGCUUCUUUUGAUUUUGUACAAUGAGUAUUUCUUGUGAUUAUUAUUGUAGCAUUUGGAAGUUAUGAUAAAUAUGUUGACAGGUGAAGAAAUUUUCAAUGAUUAUAAUACUGAAGAUAUGCAAAAACAAAAAUAGAAAAAGAGACAAAAGAUUUGCACCAGCCGGGAAUCGAACCCGGGUCUGUACCGUGGCAGGGUACUAUUCUACCACUAGACCACUGGUGCUAGUUGACACAUGAAAGUUUAAUUCCGUCUCAUAACUUACAUGAGCUGAAUAAGACGUACUUGGACAGUUCAUACUGUAUUGAGCCUCCAGAUUACUGUUAUGGGGUUAUAGUACCUUACGUAAGAUGAAACAUAUAUCAAUAGCCUAGGUGAUCGUUGAUGAGUUACAUUUCCUACUCGAUAGCUUCUAGAUUACCAUUAUUGGGUUGUAGACCGUUACUUAAAAUGAAUCACUUUGAUACAUGCAUUCCAGUCUUUUGUGAAAGUAAGAUUAUUCGGAUGAUAUUGUGAAACGUUCAUAGGAUCUUAUUUUACUCUUGAUUGAGGA